AUGACGAUAAAGCUGUGGGAUCUUGAUGAUGGCUGGGCUCGUCUAUGUACAUUUGAGGGUCAUUCUCACUACGUUAUGCAAGCGGUUUGGAGCCCUAGAGACCCCUCUAUCUUUGCUUCUUGUUCGCUAGAUAGGUCCAUCAAAGUGUGGGGUAUCGGAUCCGUCGGCCCGGGAUCGAAGGCAGUGGGAUCGGGAUCGGGAUCGACUGGGAUCGUCUCCAGUCCCCACUUCACCCUGUUGGGCCACGAGAGGGGCGUCAACGCCAUCGCCUACUCAAACUCGGGGGAACGGCCUUACUUGGUCUCCGGCGCUGAUGAUGCUACGGUUCGCGUAUGGGACUACCAGACGAAGCAGUGCAUUCAGGUGCUGAAUGGGCAUACAGCGAACGUAUGCGCAGUGCUGUUUCCAAGCAGUGGUUUGCAUACAUUUCCUGUGUUGGUCUCCGGAGGCGAAGACGGCUGUUUAUGUGUGUGGAGACUGAACACGUUUAAGCAAGAAGAUUGUUUAUCUUUAGGGCUUCAAAGAGUGUGGGGUUUUGCUGCUAAGGCAGCAAAUGCUGCAGCAGAAAGAGACACAGGCUGCCUCGUACUCGCUAUUGCAACCGACUCCGGCACUCUUGUUAUGAAGAUGGGAAAGGACGGCCCUGUGGUGUCUGCGCAUACCGGCAAGGUUGUCGCUGCACGAGGGUUUGAGCUGCUGCAGUUUAAUUUAAAACAAAUUGAUGCUGCUGCUGCUGCAGCAGCAGCAGAUGGAGAGAAGGUGCAGUGCCCUUCGAAAGAGAUCGACAUUUUCCCCCAAAGUAUAUCGCACCAUCCCAACGGGAGAUUCAUCGCUGUUGUAGGCGACGGAGAAUAUGUCAUAUACACUGCGCAAGCUUACAACUUCACGCCUCCGUUUGCUGUUGAGGAGAUAUUUGGAGGUUUUCUGCUGGGGGUUCGUAGCGAAGACGCCAUUUGCUUCUAUGACUGGAAUAGUUACAGGCUAAUUCGCCGCAUCGAGGCGCUUCCCACUGCGGUGUACUGGUCUGCAGACGGCCUUCUUGUCGCUCUCAUCACGAAAGACGCUGUAACAGGGCCUGGGCCCCAAACCACUGGAAGCAGCAAUUUAUAUAUUCUGCGUCACGACAAAUUUGCAGUUAUGGCGGCGAACACUGCUCAGGCCCUUGAAGAAGAAGAUGGGAUACCUAUUGCUUUUGAAUUAGUCCAUCAAGGGGCGGUAGCGCGAGGAGAUCUGCAAGCAGCAGAAGAUCUGUUUCCUCAGCUGCCAGUAGAGACGCACGAUGAAGCAGCAAAGACACUGCAGGUUCAUGGGUAUAUUGCUGAGGCGCUGGCUGUUGCGCGAGACGAAGAGCUGCGCUUUGAAUUGGCGCUGGCCAUCGGCAACCUUCAGAUGUGCGCCGACUUAAUCCGCAACAGCAGCAGCAGCAGCAGCGCAACGAAGCGGCAGAACUGGGCAGCAGUUGGAGACGCAGCACUGCAGAAGGGCUCCUUUACUCUUGCUGCUGCUGCCUUCUGGGAGUGCGGAGAUUACCCGAGUUUGCUGCUGCUGUACAGCAGCAGCGGCGAUGUGGAGCGUCUGCGUGAACUUGCAGCAGCAGCAGCAGCAGCGCAGCAGCAGCAAGUGGCGUUUAUGUGUUAUUUGCUGCUGCAGCAAACGGAAGACUGUGUUGAUUUGCUGCUAGCAGCAGGAAGAGGUCCUGAAGCUGCUCUCUUCGCCCGCACCUACUGCCCGUCUGCUGUAGACAAAGCAGUAAAGCUUCCUGCAUAUCCUUCGGAGCGGAGCGAUGCCUUCCCUAACUGGGAGGCAGCCAAGCAGGCGGAGAUUGAAACAAAAGAAUUAUACAGAAGAAAGGUUGCAGCAGCUUCAUAUAACAAAGUGCAGCAGCUGCUUGAAGCAGAUGUGCUGCAAACUAUCCAGGAGGCAGGGCCAGAUGCCCUGCGCGACAUGCUGUUAAGCGACGUGCUGCCGAUUUCUGCAGCAGAACCUCGCAACGCAUCCAUGUUGGUGCGAUUGCUGCAGUUGUUGCAGCAACAACAGCAACAGCAGCAGCAGCAGCAGCAGCAGCAGCAGCAGGAUUAUGUGUAUCUUUUCCCUAACUCUGCAUCUCAGUUCUUUUGUUUGUUUGCUGCAGCAGCAGCCGACAGUUCAUCACCCAUGACUGCAGCAAAUGCGACGCCGUCUCCUUCCUCAGAUGAAUGGCAGCAGCAGCAGCAGAUGCAGCAACAGCAGCACCUGCAGCAGCAGCAGGUGCAGCAGCUGCAGAAGGAAUCGGCAGUCUUCUCGCCUCAACAGCACGGCGACUUCACCAAUCAGCAGCAGCAGCAGCAGCAGUUUGCUGGAGCCUUUGCAGCAGCAGCAAACCCCUUCACCAACGCAGCACUAGGAAAGGAGUUUAAUAAUAUUUCGUUAGGUAGCCCUGGCCUCUAUGGGGAUGCUCAGCAGCGCUCGCUGCAGCAGCAGCAGCAGCAGCAGCAGCAAAUGCAGCAGGAGCUGCAGCAGGAGCAGCAGUACCUGGCGAAGCAGCUGCAGCAGCAGCAAGACUUUCUAGAAGAAGAAGCCAAGCGAUUAGAUGGCGAUGAGUGGCAGGAGACUGCUGCUGCAGCCGAAGGGGCAGGAGGAGCAGCAGCUGUUGCUGGUGCUGCUGCUGCUGCUGCUGCAGAAGAGGAAGCAGAGCAGUACUCCGCAGACGUUCUCUAA